AGUCGAAAGCAAGACGGUGAGGGAGCAAGUUCAAUAAGUAUUGUUGUGAAAAAAUAAAUAUACUCAAGUUUCAUAUCUAAGGCGCAAUAUUAAAGUGUUUGAAUUUGUGCUUGAUUUGCUGGUUGUAUACUCUUCGGGCGCAGCAGACAGUAAUUGUUGGAUAUCCUCACCAGGCGCAGCGCAGUGUGGUUCUUGGAUUUCCUCACCAGGUGGAGUUUUUAUCACACGUACAUAAUGAAUAAUAAUAAUGAAGCAGGAACAGAAAGUUGCAGUACAGAUGAUCAAGACGAGAUGGUUGCUACGGAGCGUGAACUAGCAGAAGACGCGCAAUGGAAACGUAUUCAACAAAAUACCUUUACUCGGUGGGCAAACGAGCAUUUAAAAACGGUCAACAAGCACAUCGGCAAUUUGGAAACGGAUCUAUGUGACGGCUUACGACUUAUAACCCUCAUUGAAGUGUUAUCAGGCAAAAGGCUACCAAAACAUAAUAAAAGGCCAACUUUCCGGUCACAAAAACUCGAGAAUGUCUCCGUAGCACUAAAGUUCCUGGAGGAUGAUGAGUCUAUACGAAUCGUGAAUAUCGAUUCAACAGAUAUUGUGGACUGCAAGUUAAAACUAAUCCUUGGCCUGAUAUGGACUCUUAUACUUCAUUAUUCCAUUUCUAUGCCCAUGUGGGAGGGAGAAGAUGAACCUCCAUAUGGUGAAGGAAAGGGUCCUACACCCAAACAGAGAUUACUACAUUGGAUCCAAAGCAAAGUUCCGGAUCUUCCCAUUACAAACUUCACAUCAGACUGGAAUGAUGGCAAAGCUGUUGGAGCAUUGGUUGAUGCUGUUGCACCAGGGCUUUGCCCAGAUUGGCAAGACUGGAAUCCAAAAGACUCUGUCCAAAAUGCAUCAGAGGCCAUGGGUCUGGCAGAUGAUUGGUUGAACGUUAGACAGUUAAUCAAACCAGAAGAAAUGGUGAAUCCAAACAUGGAUGAAAUGUCAAUGAUGACAUACCUUUCUCAGUAUCCAAGUGCAAAGUUGAAGCCUGGAGCACCCUUGCGACCUCGCACUAACCCCAACAGCAUUCCUCCACCUCGGGUACGAGCAUAUGGUCCUGGAAUUGAACCAUCUGGCCCUGUGGUUGGAGCACCAGCAAACUUCACUGUUGAAACUUUUUCAGCUGGUAAAGGCAAAAUUGAUGUCACUGUGGAAAACCCUAAUGGACAGCUGGAGCCUGUUGAUAUUCGUUUCAAUAAGGAUCGUAAUUUGACGUACAGUGUGUCAUAUGUUCCUCGUUUGGAAGGGAAUCACAAAGUGUCUAUAAAAUUUGCUGGACGUGAAAUACCAAAGUCACCUUAUACUGUGUCUGUGGAAGGUCAUGCAGGUGAUCCAACCAAGGUUACAGCCUCAGGACCUGGUUUGCAGCCUGAUGGUGUGAUGAUAAACCGGCCAACAUACUUUGACAUAUCUACCAAGGAUGCUGGCCGUGGCGUUCCAGAAGUAAUUAUUCUUGACCCAUCGGGUCACAAAAACACUGUGCCAGUGAAAGUGCGCCCUAUUUCUCAAGAUGUGUGGCGGUGUGAAUAUGUGUCCCCAGCCAUUGGUUUGCAUUCUGUGAAUGUCUUCUUUGCAGGACAACCUAUACCCAACAGUCCUUAUGGUGUGCGAGUAGCUCCAGUAUCGGAUGCUAAGAAGGUUAGGGCCUCAGGCCGAGGUCUGCAACCCAGUGGAGUGCGAGUUGGUGAUGUUGCUGAUUUUAAGAUUUACACAGAAGGAGCAGGAGAAGGCAGCCCAGAAGUUCGUGUUAUUGGACCAGGUGGGGUGAAUGAACCAGUGAAGGUUCGCAAGGUGGAUGGUACAACAUAUGAAGCAGUCUACCAUCCUCGCAAGGAAGGGCGGCAUGUUGUGAUGGUGACAUUUGCUGGGCAGGAGAUUCCACGAUCACCAUUUGAUGUAAAUGUAGGUCCCUACAAACAGACCAGGAUUCGUGCAUAUGGACCAGGCUUGGCUGGUGGUGUAGUGGGUUACCCUGCACUCUUCACUGUAGAAACAAAUGGAGAAACUGGAGCUCUUGGAUUUAGUAUUGAGGGUCCAUCACAAGCAAAGAUUGACUGUCAUGACAAUGGUGAUGGCUCUGCUGAUGUGAGAUAUUAUCCAACUGCACCUGGGGAGUAUGCUGUGCACAUCCUGUGUGACAAUGAGGAUAUUCCAAAAUCACCAUACAUAUCUCAAAUUCUUCCAAGUACAGACUACUACCCUGAUAAGGUUGAGUGCUUUGGUCCUGGUGUGCAACGUGAUGGAGUGAGCAAGGGCCAGCGAGCACAGUUUACAAUCGACACACGGCAUGCAGGAUCAGCUCCUCUUGAUGUCCAAGUCCUUGAUGCCAAUUGCAACAACAUUGAUGUGAAUGUUCGUAGUAAUGGUGAUGGCACAUAUACUGCAGAGUACAUUCCCAAGACUGGCUCACGACAUACAGUGCAGGUGAAUUAUGGUGGUGUAGCAACGCACAACAGCCCACAUCGAGUCUUUGUGUCAGAACCAGCUAAUGCUGCGCAGGUACACAUCUUUGGUCCAGGAGUGGAGAAAGGUGUGAAGUGCAAUACAGAAACACACUUCAACAUUGACUGCAGAGAUGCAGGACAAGGUGACAUCCAGAUAGCACUGACUAAUGAAAAGGGAACAGAUGUUCCUCUUGCUGUCACUGACAAUGAGGAUGGAACGUUCACAGUUGACUACUGUGCACCAGCGCCUGGAAACUAUACGCUGAAUGUUUUGUAUGGGGGAGUCACUGUACCUCGUUGUCCACUCAGAGUGUCUGUUCAGCCUCACGUUGAUGUUUCUAAGAUAAAGGUGGAUGGCUUGGAACCAACGGCCCCCGUCAACAGUUUGCAGCAAUUCCGAGUGAUCACACAAGGUGCUGGUAAGGCAGAUUUUGCUGUUGCAAUAACUAGUCCUUCAGGAAGUCAAGUAAAGGCACAUGUGAUUCCAACACAUGAAGGAUUUCUGGUGAACUUUACACCCACGGAACUUGGUGAAUACCUUCUCAGUAUAUCAUUUGGUGGAGAGCCAGUGUCUCCAACGCCUUAUCGUCUUGCGUGUACAACUGGCAGUGAACCUGGCAAAGUACAUGCUUCAGGACCAGGAUUAGCCCAUGGCAUUGUGGGUAAACCUGCAGAAUUCCGCAUUGACACAAGAGGUGCAGGACAAGGUGGUCUUGGUGUUACGGUGGAAGGACCGUGUGAAGCUGCCAUAAACUGCAGAGACAAUGGGGAUGGGACAUGUUCUGUUGCUUACCUGCCCACCGAGCCCGGAGACUAUGGUAUCAACAUUACCUUCAAUGAAUGUCAUAUUCCGGGCUCACCGUUCCAGGCAUUGGUGGUGCCAGACACAGAUUUGAAGCGCAUCAAAGUGUCUGGCAAUGGCAUUCAACCCCAUGGUGUGUAUGUUGAUUCCCCCACGGACUUCGUUGUUGAUUCACGUGCCAUUGCCAAACGUGAUGAUGGAAAAGUUACAUGUACCAUUACUAAUCCAUCUGGAACCAAGACUGAAAAUCUCAUUACACCAUUAGCAGAUGGCACAUACCGAAUAAGUUACACUCCAUUUGAAGAAGGACGGCACACAAUUGACAUCUUGUAUGAUGGACUUCCAAUUCCUGGCUCACCAUUUGUGGUAAAUGUGCGCAGAGGUUGUGAUCCUAGCAAAUGCAGGGCAUUUGGUCCUGGUUUGGAGCAUGGUUUGGUGGAUCAAGCAAAUGUGUUCACUGUUGAAACAAAAGGUGCUGGCACUGGAGGUUUGGGUUUAGCUAUUGAGGGUCCAUCUGAGGCAAAAAUGACAUGCAAAGACAACCGUGAUGGAUCCUGCUCAGUGGAAUAUAUUCCCACAGAACCAGGAGAUUAUGAUGUCAGCAUAAAGUUUGCUGAUCAGCACAUCCCCGGCUCUCCAUUUAAGGUUCCUGUGGAUAAAACAGUGGAUGCUUCUUCAGUCAAAGCAUAUGGACCUGGUUUGGAUCCCAAGAAGUGUCGUGCAGGUACACCUGUAGCAUUCAAAGUUGAUGCAACUAAGUCUGGGAAGGCUGCAUUGGGUGUUAAUAUUCAAACAGACAGAGGGACUUUGGCACCAGAGGUCCGUGAUAAUGGUGAUGGAACUUACGAUGUCACCUAUGUGCCACCUUCAGAGGGCAGCAGUGUCAAAGCAAAAAUAACGUGGGAUGGGAAGGAUAUCCCAAACAGCCCUUACCAACUGAAAGUCCGUCCAAGGGUGGAACCAGAUCAGGUUAAAGUUGAGGGACCUGGUGUGUCAGGCAAGGGUGUUCCUGCAUCCCUGCCUGCAGAAUUCACCAUUGACACAAGUCAGGCAGGCUAUGGUGACCUUGAGGUUCAGGUGAAGGGUCCUGAUGGUUAUCCCAGGAAAGUAAAGGUAGCGGACAAUGGUGAUGGAACAUUUAAAGCUACCUACAUUCCUGAUGACUGUGGGCGAUACAAAGUUAGUGUCAAGUAUGGUGGAAAAGAAGUGCCACAUUCUCCAUUCCAGGUUCAAGCAUUUGCAACUGGCAGUGCAGAGAAAUGUCAGAUCACAGAGGGUAUUCAGCAAGCACUGACAAGUGGGGAAGAAUACUGCAUCACUGUGAACGCCAAGAAUGCAGGCUACGGGGCAGUCACGUGCUGUAUUCGUUCUACAUCAGGAAGUGAUUUGGACAUCGAUAUUGAAGACAAUGGAGAUGGAACGUUCAGCAUCUAUUACACAGUAAAGGACGCAGGUGACUACACCCUGAGUGUGAAAUUUGGCGGCCAACCGGUACCCGGCGGCUUCUAUAUGUUCACUGCUGGAUCAGAGGAAUACGUGAAGCAGACGACAGUUACCAAGGAUACGCGACACCCUGGUCAGCAUCAGUACCGCCCAGUACAGUUGAAUAACAUCCCUCUACCUACCACCGGAGGACACGUCACGGCUGAAAUAAAAAUGCCAAGUGGAAACAUAGAUAAGCCAAUCAUUGAAGACAACCGGGAUGGGACAGUAAGUGUCAAGUACGAGCCAAGAGAAGAAGGCCUGCAUGAACUCUCAGUGAAAUACAAUGGGGAACAUGUUCAAGGUUCACCAUUCAAGUUUCAUGUGGAUUCCCUCAGUAGUGGCUAUGUGACGGCAUAUGGACCAGGUCUUACUCAUGGUGUUUGCGGUGAACCGUCCAACUUUACUAUCUCAACGAAGGGGGCAGGAGCAGGUGGUUUGUCCCUGGCAGUUGAAGGUCCAAGCAAAGCAGAGAUCAGCUGCCAUGACAACAAAGAUGGUACAGUAUCAGUAUCAUAUUUGCCAACAGCCCCUGGAGAAUACAAAAUCUCUGUCAAGUUUGGUGACAAGCAUAUUAAAGGCAGUCCUUACAAUGCGAAGAUAACAGGAGAAGGAAGGAAGAGGAACCAGAUUUCAGUUGGCUCCUGCAGUGAAGUGUCAUUCCCGGGAAAGGUUUCAGAUGCAGACAUCAGGUCACUGAAUGCCUCAAUCCAAGCACCAAGUGGACUAGAAGAGCCAUGCUUCUUGAAACGGCUUCCAAAUGGCAAUAUUGGAAUCUCAUUUACUCCACGUGAGGUUGGAGAACACACUGUGUCUGUGAAGCGCCUUGGUAAACACAUUGCCAACUCACCUUUCAAGAUAAAUGUUGGAGAAAGAGAGGUUGGAGAUGCCAAGAAGGUGAAGGUGUCAGGAUCAGCUCUGAAGGAAGGCAGUACACAUGUUGACAACACAUUCACUGUGGACACCCGAAAUGCAGGUUAUGGUGGUCUAUCCCUUUCAAUUGAGGGUCCUAGCAAGGCAGAGAUCCAGUGCAAGGAUAAUGAAGAUGGAACUCUGAACAUCUCAUAUAAGCCCACAGAACCUGGUUACUACAUUGUGAAUCUCAAGUUUGCUGACCAUCAUGUUGAUGGUUCACCCUACACUGUGAAGGUUGGUGGCGAAGGCUCAAACAGGCAACGGGAGAAAAUCCAGCGUCAAAGAGAAGCUGUACCCAUCACAGAAGUUGGCAGUGAGUGCAAGCUGACCUUCAAGAUGCCAGGAAUCACAUCAUUUGACCUUUCUGCCACGGUGACAUCGCCUGGAGGAGUGACUGAGGAUGCUGAGAUCAAUGAGGUUGAAGAUGGAUUGUAUGCUGUUCACUUUGUUCCAAAGGAACUGGGUGUUCACACAGUGUCAGUUAAAUAUAAGGAAGUGCAUAUACCAGGGUCGCCGUUCCAGUUCACUGUCGGUCCUCUUAAAGACGGGGGUGCACACCGUGUGCAUGCGGGUGGUCCAGGUCUUGAACGGGGUGAACAGGGCCAACCCUGCGAAUUCAAUGUUUGGACUCGUGAGGCAGGAGCUGGUUCCCUUGCCAUAUCUGUUGAGGGUCCUAGCAAAGCAGGAAUAGACUUCAAGGACCGAAAAGAUGGUUCUUGCUACGUCAGUUACGUUGUCUCAGAGCCAGGUGAAUAUCGUGUGGGAAUCAAAUUCAAUGACCAGCACAUUCCCGACUCUCCUUACAAACUAUUCAUUUCCCCAGCAAUGGGGGAUGCACACAAACUGGAAGUGUUCCAGUUCCCAAAUUCAGGUGUGCAAGCAGACAAGCCUGCAGCCUUCCUUGUGCGAAAGAAUGGAGCUAAGGGAGAAUUGGAUGCUAAGAUUGUUUCACCAUCUGGAAUUGAGGAUGAUUGCUUCAUCCAGUCGAUAGAUUCUGACACAUACUCAGUACGGUUUAUGCCUCGAGAUAAUGGUGUCAACAACAUUUAUGUUAAAUUCAAUGGUGUCCACAUCCCGGGCUCACCAUUCCGCAUCAAGGUCGGCAAAGAGGACGCAGACCCAGCGGCAGUCAACGCACAUGGAAAUGGGUUGGGUGAUGUGAAGACAGGUCAGAAGACAGAUUUCCUGGUUGACACUUGUAAUGCUGGUGCUGGAACACUGGCAGUGACAAUUGAUGGUCCGUCUAAGGUGUCAAUGGAUUGUACAGAAGUUGAGGAAGGGUAUAAGGUGCGCUACACCCCUCUUGUGCCAGGAGACUACUUCAUCAGUAUCAAAUACAAUGGCUACCACAUUGUGGGCUCACCUUUCAAGGUUUCCUGUACAGGAGACGAUCUGGCAGAGAGAGGAGCUCAAGAAACUUCAUCUGUUGUCGUAGAAACUGUACAAAAGGUUUCCAAGAGCAAACAGGUAGGGCCUGUGCUUCCAUUGUUCAAGUCAGAUGCUUCAAAAGUGUCUAGCAAAGGCAUGGGUCUCAAGAAGGCCUACCUCCAAAAGCAGAAUAUGUUCACCGUUCAUGCAGGAGAUGCCGGAAACAACAUUCUGUAUGUGGGUGUGUAUGGUCCCAAGAGCCCAUGUGAAGAGGUGUUCAUCAAACAUAUGGGACGCAACAAUUAUCAAGUAAACUAUGUUGUGCGGGAUCGAGGUGAAUACAUCGUCAUUGUUAAGUGGGGAGAUGAUCAUAUCCCAGGCUCACCAUUUAAAGUGGAGGUGUGAUUUCCAUCCAUAGCAUUUCCUACAUUUUGACUAAGCAACAAUAUUAGCAUCUUUAUAGGAUUUUGCAUUAAAGGAAGGAUUCCAGAGUAUCACAGAAACUCAAAUGGAAAAAUGUAAUUGUGGAUUACACAUAAGUUGGUGUUUUGAAGGAGUAGUAUUUCAUUUCAAUAUUUCAGCCACAAUUUAGAGGAGUAGAAGUACUUGAAGGACUUUACUCAUUUACAUUCAAAACAACAUUAAACAGUUCUUAGUUAUGAAGUCCUGAGGGCCCUUUACUAGAUAACAGAUAUCUGGCAUCUUAAACUAGUCAGAUUAUAUGAAGUGUAGCUGUGUGUUAUAUUUCUUUACUGUUAUCCUGCUGUAAAUUUAAUGCCUUUCAAGGAACCUUGUUUGACCCUGUUUUAAAAUUUUGUGCUACACAGUACAUUAAUUUAGUUUUCCAAACAAUGGAAUAAAGUGGCCAAAGAAACUAUUUAGGUGUUCACCAUUGGUAACUGAGUGCUGCAUGUGUGACUUUUCCAUGAUAUGUGAACUUGCAAGUAUUGAAUUUGAAACCACAGCGUGGCUUAGAAUAUGCUGAUUUAUUUUUGAACAGUUAACUGCAGAAACACAGAACAUAACCAGACAUUUGCAACAGUUUCUUAAGAAAGUCUUCCAUGCAUGAACUCGAAAUCAUUCCAAGGACCAACACUUGCCAGUUCCCAGCAUGCGUUGAAGUAGAGACAGAUCAUUCCACCUGAGUUUCUGUGAUAUGCCAUCCUGUUGUUUUAAUAUGAUAAAAAGUGCCUUAAAUUAUUGAUAUAGUCAUUUCCUGAUAAUCUGCAGCCAGAGUUGUCCUUGGCAAACAUACACAUGACAUCCACCAAUGAACUGAUCAUUUAACCGUAGUGCCUUGCAGCCAGCCUGUGCAGAAUCUGUACAGUUCUCUUGGGCAGCAUCAGUGGAUAUUUAAGGACCAGAAAUCCUAGGUUCCUAGUGAAUGGGAGUUUUAAAUUUGAGUGACUUAAAGAAAAGUGAAUUUAUAUUUUAAACUGCUUAACACUUGUUUUAUCAAACCAUACUGCAUAUAAUUUGGACAGGUAUUUUUAUUACAAGUUGCUCAAUAUUUGUUAUAUAAUACUCUGACAAAAUUUACCUAAUAAAAAUAUUGUGCUAGUGACUGGAAGGUAUACACAAAAAUAAGGCUUUAACUACAAGCAACUAAUCACAGCAAUGUGUAAAGUGAAUAGCAUUGCCCUUUUGGUUGGUCCAAAAUACAGGUAGGUGCCAUAAAAUUUGCAUGUUUGAGAUAUGUAUAUGCACUCUUUAAUUGUUAUACAUUGAAGUACUAUACAAGCACUGUUAUCAUUAUGGAGUUGCAGGUAUUGUGGUCAUUUCAUGUAGUCAUGUGCAUGCACCUGAGACAGACACAGAGAGACUUUUUUCCUCAAUUUUAUACAAAUUAUUUUUCAUUAUUUUCAUUUGCUUGUUCGUGCUAUCCAAUUUCUUGCAGAGUCUGUUUUUGUUAGCAGUGGCGACAUGGGAGUAACAUCAUAUUAUUAAUUUGUGUGUCACUGUUAGGAUCACAUUGCCAUAUAUUUAAUUUACACUGCCCAUACUAAAAUUCUUUAAGAACAUUUAAAAUCAUUCAGAAUGAUUGCUGAGUAAUAAGCCUUAUUUGUAAUAAAUGUAUAUGUAGGUUGAGUUCCAUUUAACAAGUUAAGAUUGCAAAAUUUGUAUGAUUAAAACAUGUGUAAGAAGCUACAUUCAUGCUCCAGAUUCGAAUGACAAGUAAAGUGUCAUUUCCAGUCAUUUUGAAAUGUAUUUUAAUAUAACUUUACUUUCUCAAUUUUCUUGAUGGAAGGGGGAGGGGGGAAGUACCCAAUCACCAGUCGCCACUGAUUGUUACAUAUAUUUUGUAGUUAGUAUGAUUCAUGACAAUUGUAUUAGAUGAGACCAAUUUAAACUGUAGCUUGAAGCUUUUAACUGCAGAAUUUAUGUUAAAGUAAAUAGCAAGUGCCUUACACUAUGACAAAAGAAGUAAGUAAUUCUGAGCAAAAUUUGUAUUAGAUUGCAAGAAACUUGUAAUUUUUCCUUUGUGGCUGUAGUUUAUAAUUAGUGUAAUGUAUUAUAAAAUAAAUCCUGUACAUAUUUUCAUUCA